UUCUCAAAUAACCCAAAAUGGCGGCUUCACAGAUUAAAUAUUGCAUUAUUUUUUUAACAAUUUUAAACUUUGAACUAAUAAAAGCUAAAGAAAAUAACUUGUUAAUGAUAUUAGAAGAAAAAUUUGAAAAUAAAUUGAGUGAUUUUAGUUUUUUCGCGGCAAAAUGGUUGGAGAAUUUUAAUGAUAAGCAUUUGGGGAAUAGUGAAUUAGGCAGGAUGCUCCAUUAUAAGGAUUUAAAACCUAAGCUCGGAGCUGAAGCUAGAGAUGGUAAAAGCAUGAAGAAAAUGGGUAUGGCAAUGAUCCCGCUGGUGUUCCACGUGGGAGCCACAUCCACCUGGAUGAUACUCACCAGCAUCAUGGCUGCUAAGUCCGUAGCCAUCGGACUAGCUCUGCUGGUGUUCAAAAUCGCUGUCAGCUCUGCUAAGGUGGCGUCAUUUUUCACAGCGCUGAAAGGGAAGCACAGUCAUCAUGAAUAUUCCUGGUCACCUCCCAUUGAACAUCAUGGCUAUGACCGGAGUUUUUCUGAUACCGGUUCCUAUUACUCAGGAGACUGGAACUCCUAUUCGCCUGAAGUCAGCAACGCAUCGCCUCCAUACAAGACCAUACCGACUUAUAAGAGCCAUGAGCCGUAUGAAGUUGCAGAGUACAGCGAGGAACCUAAAUCCCAUAGUUGAGAAACCUGACAUUAGAACUAAUGUGCUGUUGUGUAGUUUAGUAUUUUAUUUUUCACUAGCGACCCGCCCCGGCUUCGCACGG